CACGCAAUACUGCAGCACUAGCUCUGCUAACGACGGCCAACAUCUGAGAACGGCAGAAAUUUGUAGGAUGGACUGAGAAUUGACCUUUGGGAUUACGGUGGAGAGGAAGAGGGAGGGUGCGUAUGUGUGUGGCGAGAGUGUGAGUGUGUCUGAUGUAACAGCUGCUUGAAGGGACAGGUAACUUAUUAACAGCGAGAAAAGGACCAGAGGGAUCAGAGCCCCUUGGCCUGCUGCAGAAACUGACAAGGGAGAAGUGUUCUCUCACUCCGACCUUCUGACUACCUGAAAGCCAAUACAAAAAUCUCCUCCCACGUACAUACACACACUUGGAUAUUCGGCCUGUCUGUACACACACACACACACACACACACACACACACACACACCAAGAGUCCAGGACGCCAUACACAAGGAGUCACAGAGCCAGCACGCGCCUGGAUCACAUGCAGGCAAUCAGCAUUUGGCUGUUUCUGCUUAGGUAGUGGUGACAGUAGGGAGGUGGUUGUCACUCCGACCGUCAACACACCACGGGCCAUAAACAUGGAGCCGCUGGAGGAAUAUCACUCUCCGUUUGACUUUGAACAAGGAGUCAACACCAACUACCUCUACCUCUCCCCGGCCUACAGCGACACGCCGCCCAGUUCGCCAGCUGUCAAAACCAGAGGUUCCCAGCAGCAUCCAGACUCAGUCCCAGAGAUGGGAGAAGAUGCAGUGACGUCUGUUGGACCCGCUUCCCCUCCCCCGACCAUGACAGAAGAGGAGCGGCAGGAGCUACAGGAGGAAUUGUUCAAGGUUGAGGAUGAGAUCCAGACUCUGUCCCAGGUGCUGGUGGCCAAGGAGAAGCAGCUGGCAGACAUUAAGAGGAAGCUGGGCAUCACACCUCUCAAUGAGCUGAAACAGAACAUCACCAAAACCUGGCAGGAGGUCACCACCUCCACCGCCUAUAGGAGGACAUCUGAAACACUAUCUCAGGCGAGUCUGAAGGCGACAGCAGCGUUCUCCAAUGUGGGCUCAGCCAUCACCAGGAAGCUGGAGGACGUCAGCGUGCGCUCAUUACAACACUCAGCUAGUAUGCCUGUCAUGAGGAAUGCACCAACUUUCAAGUCAUUUGAGGAGAAAGUGGAGACUUUGAAGACCAAGAUGACUCCAUCAGCAUCCACCACUAACCCCGGCGACCAGGACAGCAGCAGUCCCACCACCGAGUCUUUGCUCGAUCAGCCUGAAGGCUUGCCCACCCAGGAGACGCCGAUGAACUGAGACCUGGCUGACCUCCCCUGACCUCUUCACCGCCCCUCCUCACUUGACCCUUUAGCCCCUGAGCCGUCAACACUCGCCCUCUAAACUUUUGUGUGCCAGUCUCCCUUUAUUGGAAACAAAUGACUUACCCGAGCCUUCCGUGUGAUCUAAUUGUCUGGUCCUUUUUUGUCUGACACGUGUGCUUACUUGUUAACCAGUGUGGAAACUGAAAGCAUGGGAUGGGUGCAGGCGUGUGGUCUCGUGCCGGUCGUAUAUUUUUUGAGUCUAUUCUGGCUCGCUGUGGGAGAAACCUCCCUGCCCCCCGCCCCCUGCCCUCUGCCUUGUUGUAUGGCUUUCCUUUCCCUCCCGCACUCCUUAUUUUUCUGCCUUUGUCUAACCAGCAAAGCUCAGAUGCCAAACAUGCUCCUAUUUUUUCUUUAUAAAAAUUAACACCGUUUUACAUUUUUUUGAGUGUAUAAAAUUGCACAAAUAGAGAAAGAUUUACAAUUACGAAGUUGAUUUAGAGAAGGAUUUACACUUAAAAACUUUAUUCUUUGUAUGUGAACCAGGCACUUGUUGGCUUGUUGCUUCUGCAUGGCUCUUAUUAUAGUAUGUUGGAGUUAUUAUUAUAAGCACUUGUUUUGUCUGCCUCCAUUUUGGGGCCAUUCUUGGUUUACUAUUGGUUUCCAUUUUGGGACCAACCUUGAUUUCCGUUUUCUUCAUUAUAUUAAUUUUAGGACACCGCACAAUCAUAAAAUAGUCUAACACAGUGUUCAGAAUAUGAAUGUAUGCCUUUUUGUGUCAUAUAGGUACAACACUUUGUGUAAUUCAACCCACAGUACUGAGCUACUCAAACAGUGUGUCACGACUGCAGCCACUCAUACCAAAGCUGGUAUUUCAAAACACACACUCCAGAAUAAAAAUCAACCUUUUCCCAUUGUUAAGAGUCUGUCAGAAAAGGAUCUCCAUGCUUCGAUAGCUACAGGAAAAUGGCCAAGAUCAGCAGAACAGAAGCAGAGCAAACACAAUGUUCAGCCUUGACACAAGGUGAGAGUGAAAUAAAUGUGUCUCUUUCAGCGCCAGAGUCAAUAUUUAAACACUUGUCCAUUGUUUCUGAAUGGGAGCUAACACCUAGCUUCCCCCUUUCUGUAAUAUAGAUAAAAGCAAAGCAGGAGACUCCGGUGGAUGUUAUUUUGUACAUUGAUUAAUGUAAGAGAAGGUUUACGUUACCUUAACGUUACCUAUAAUGUGCUGUGUAGAUGGCACUAUAGGUUGGUUGGUUGGUUGGUACACUACUUUGAUCCAGACUGAAAUAUCAUAACAAUUAUUGGAUGGAUUGCCUGAUAUUUUGGUACUAACAUUCAUGUCCCCCCGCGGCUCAAUUGUAAUAAUUUUGGGGGUCCCGUAACUUUUCAUUCUAGCGCCAUCAUUGGGUAUAUAUCACAAUUUGUUCAAUUCUAUGGUUUAAGACUAAAUAGUUGGAAAGCUAAUGUUCCCAGUCUCAGCUGUACUUUGUUUUUAAUGCUAAUUAUUAGUAAAUGUUAGCUAAUGGGCUAAAGACUAUAAUAUAAAGACUAUACCUGCUUACUAGGUUAAUCAGCAUGUACAGCCUCACAGAGCUGCUCGCAUGUCUGUAGAUUUAGUGUUACUCUUAACCUUUUAUUUCUUUUGAUUAGUUUCUAGGAAGUUGCACAAACCGAUCAAAAUCUGCCUCUUUUGAUAACGUCUUGGCAAACUGCAGAAUUAUAUAUAUAUAUAUAUAUAUAUAUAUAUAUACAGUAUUUGCUUAAAAUGCUGCUUUCAUACAGACCAACACCUUUUCGAAAUGUUCAACAUCAGCGUUACAUCUUCAAUCACAGGACCAAUCUCUUGGGUUGGCUUUACAUUCUCACACCGCUUCAUGUGAUUACAUCCUAGAAACUAUUAAACUACUGAACAGUUACUCUCACCAGACACUUUUUCUAGGUGACAAAUAUACACAGGGCUACUGAUGAAAGUUAAAUAAAACUUGAAGGGCAAACAGAGCCAAUCUGAACACAGUCAAGGUUUCCUCUGGUACACAAAUGGAGGACACAAGGACUUAAAACAAACACUUGUCUUUGUUUGAGCCGGACCGUCCUGGUACAAGUCUUACCCCGCUGGUGGACGACUGGCUGAACAUCAGUGUAAUGGAUUUUUAACAGUACUACAGUAUCUCACGUCCUCAUGUAACAUCACUUUCCAGCCAUGACCUGGUUCACUGUGAGAAUUCAUUACAGCCUUUUAUCUCAGACACGAGGGUUUUAUUUGUAUUUAGUCAUACACACAACACACAGGAUUUGUUUGUUCUUUAAUUGGAACCAUGGAGAGAAGAAAUGUACUCUAAUUAAAAAUACCUCUGAAGUA